GUAAUUCCUUUACUAAUAACAAAAAAAAUAUUAUUUUCUCAAAAAUAAUUAAAAAAGAAGUCUUUAUCAUUCCCCUCCAACUGAUUUCAAAUACUCAAAGGUGAGUAAUUGUAUGUUUGUAGACUGUAGUGUACAGACUAUAGUGCACUGUAUAGUGUAUACACUUAUACACCCACAAGGCCACAAUCCACUUUUCAGUAUUGUCAUGGUGGAAAAGUCUUCCAGCGUAGUUUGUUCUAUUAAUUCUUAAGCCAUUCAUCAUCACUUAUGUCUUACAUUCCUGCAAAAAUCUACUUCAUCUCCCACCCAAAAGAUAUCAGCAAACCAUUUAUCAACCCAUAAUUCCAUUUUUAUCUGCUAUUGUAAUCUGCCACCCCCCUCUACUACCAUCUUCUCUAAAACCUAAAAAUGGAGGCUAUUGGAAUAGCUUUGUCUGCUGCUCAAACUCUGUUUGCUUCCCUGCACUGUUCUGAGCUGAAACAGAUGUGUUCCAUCUUUGGCAUGGAAUCCCAACUUAAUGAAUUUCAGAAGACUGUUGAGACUGUCAAAGCUGUGCUCCUCGACGCAGAUAAAAAAGACAACAUCCCUGAUAAGAAAACACAGUUUUACAUUAAGCAUCUCAAGAGUGUUGUUUAUGAUGCUGAUGAUCUGCUCGAUGAGUUCGUCACUCUCGCUCAGCAGAAGCAGCACAUGGAGGAUGGGAAAGCCUCCCAAAAGUUGAGUAUCUUCCUUUCUCGUCGCAAUCCUUUUCUUGUUGCUUACAAGAUGUCUAAAAAGGUUAAGAAGAUUAGGAGGAAGUUGGAUGCUAUUGCCAGCAAUCACAAUAAUUUUGGGUUUAGUGUUGACUCUCAGCCUAUCAGGAGGAGAAAGGAGGAAACUUGUUCUUAUGUGUACGAUGGAAAAGUUAUUGGGAGAGAGGAUGAUGUGGAGAAGAUCAUAGGGCUCUUGUUAGAUUCUAGUAAGCAGGAGGAUGUUUCUUUCUUGCCUAUUGUUGGAAUUGGUGGGUUAGGCAAAACUGCUCUUGCCCAACUUGUGUUUAACGAUGUAAGGCUUACAAGCGCAUUCCCGUUGAGGUUGUGGACUGAUGUUGCUGAUCAUGAUCAAGAACAGUUGGAUGUAAACGGGAUUCUUCGCAGGAUCCUAGCUUCAGCUAUUGGUAGGAAGGAUGAGGAAUCCACCAUGGAUCGAGUGCAAAGUCUACUUCGUGAAAAACUUGAAAGGAACAAAUACUUCCUUGUCUUGGAUGAUGUGUGGACCGAGGAUCGCAAUCAAUGGCAAGAGCUUGAAGGAUUUUUAUUGGGUGGUCAGAAGGGAAGUAGGAUUAUGUUAACAACACGUUCACAUGACACAGCGCGGAUCAUAAGAGAUGAUGUAGUGUAUGAAUUGCAAGGCUUGUCGAAGGAAAAUUCAUGGCUUUUGUUUGAGAAAAUAGCUUUUAAACCAGGACAAUUAAAGGCAUGUGAAGAUUUGAUCCAUAUUGGACGAGAGAUUGUUGAACAAUGUAGUGGAGUCCCACUUGCUAUAAGAGUGGCAGGAAGUCUUGUGUAUGGUCAUGAUAAGAGCAAAUGGCUCUCAUUUCAGAAUAUUGGAUUAUUCAACUCCAGAGAGGGCCAAAAGAAUAUCAUGCCAAUUUCGAAACAUAGUUAUGAUCAGCUUGAGCCUCCAUUGAGGAGUUGUGUAACUUAUUGUGCAGUGUUCCCAAAAGAUUUUAGGAUAAAAAAGGAGUUCUUAAUAAGUCUCUGGAUGGCACAGGGAUUUAUUGUUCCGUUUGAUGAAGGCCAAAGAGUGGAAGAUGCAGCCGAGGAAUAUUUUACUAUUUUGUUACGGAGAUGUUUUUUUCAAAAUAUCAAUCUUAACAAGUUUGGUGAGAUUUACUCAUGUAAGAUGCAUGAUCUCAUGCAUGAUAUGACUCAAAAACUGGCAGGAAAGGAGGUUUGCGUAACAGACUCCACCAUCAACAAUAUUGAUGAAGAAGUUCGACAUCUAUCCUUCACGGGAGUUGUAGAUGCACCACACACAUUUCCUCAAACCCACAUACGUUCAUACUUUUCAAUUACAAAAUCGACUCAUCAAGACCUUAGAAUGCGGCAACAAUCUGUAGAGGCGUUAGUAGCAAAUUGGGUGUGCCUAAGGGUAUUGCAGCUGAGAUAUAUGAAAAGUUUACCAGAUUCAAUUGGGAAUUUGUGUCAUUUAAGGUUUUUAGAUGUUGCAUAUAAUUAUCAAUUGGAGGUGCUUCCUAAAUCAAUAACAAAAUUGUAUAAUUUGGAGACUUUGAAAUUAAAUUAUUGCUUAUACUUGAAAGAGUUGCCUAGAGAUGUGAGCAAGUUGGUGAAGUUGAGGAUAUUGGAUUUAGAGGGAUGUAAACAGCUGAACCAUAUGCUUAGGGGCUUGAGUAAGUUGGUUUUUGUUCAUAAACUAGGGAUGAUUUUGGUGAAGUCGUCAAGUUGGAAGCAACUGUUUGAAGAGCUGGAGGAACUCAGAGAUCUGAGGAGCCUGAAAGGUUAUCUUGAUAUAGAAAUCAAUUUCCCUUGCAAUAACGAUGUAGAGAUCAAUGAAGGGGACAUAAGGAGAGGAGCGUAUCUGAGUAACAAAGAACAUGUUAAUUUCAUUAACAUAAAGUUUAAUGGAAUUGAGUGUGAAGAAGGAGCAUUGAGAUUGAUGGAAGAGCUGCAGCCACAUUUUAAUUUGAAGCGGUUACUGGUGGUUAGAUAUUAUGGUGUGAGAAUGCCAAGUUGGGCUAGGGAAAAUAAGUUAAAGACCUUUCUCCCUAAUCUCAUUUUCUUAGAACUUAAAGAAUCAAGAAUCAAGUACAUGACUGGCCUUGGAAAUCUGCCCCAUCUAGAAUCCCUUAAACUUGUUUGCUUGAAGGAAUUGGAGUAUAUAAUUGAUUAUAGAGUUGAAUCAACAGCUUUCGCGACAGCUGGAUUAUCAACUGCCGAGGGACCAUUACUGUUUCCCUCCCUGAAAAAACUUCAUUUAUGGGUUAUGCCAAAGUUGAAAUGGUGGAGGAGAUCGAGGAUAGGGGUGGAAGAUAAUGACCAAGUCCUUAUUGAUAACAGUAGUAACAAUAUGCAGCCAAAACUGCUUCCUCAAUUGAUGGAGUUGAACAUAUCUAAAUGCCCAAACUUGGAAUGUAAUCUGUUGUGUCCCGUCUUGGAAAAAUUACAUCUUAGGGAGUUCGAUAAAAGACUCCAAAUAAGAAGUAAUGUAUCCCUAUCCUUAUCUCAUUCUAGCAAUAUGCUUGCAUCAUCUUUUUUUAAUAUAAGGGAGGUUGAAAUAGAUGACGCGGAAUGGUUCCUAAAUUCACAGCCCUCGGUGGAUGCUUUUCAAUUUCUUACAGGAUUACUCAUAGAGGGAGACAAAGAGGUGGAGAAUCUAGGAAUGGCGAUGAGUAGAUUGACUACCCUGUCAAUCUUAAAAAUUGGACAAUGCCCGAAACUGAGGAGUGUUUCAGGUGCAUUGCAACAUCUCACUUCCUUGAAAGAAUUUGAAAUUAGAGAUUGUCCAAAUGUGAGUUUAGCAGAAGGAGCAUUGUCAUUGCCAUCCUUUUCUCGUUCACUUAACAGGCUGUCAUUAAGGCAUCUUCCAAAGUUAGUUGAUCUACCCAAAUGGAUGCAGUUCUUAGAAGCCCUCCAAAUCCUUUUAAUUUAUAAUUGCCAAGGACUGGAAUCCCUGCCGAAUUGGAUGUCCAAACUCACCUCCCUCAAGGAACUUAUUAUCUGGAAUGGUUCAGCACGCCUUCAUGAAAGGUGCCAACAUCCAACAGGGGAAGACUGGCCUCAUAUCCAACACAUCUCUUCUAUUAAGUUCUAUUAACGUAAAGACUCCUCCAUAACUCUCUUGAUAAACCCCGUACAUUCUCCAUUAAUAAAAUGAAAGAGGGUGUAGAGAGAAAGCCAUGGGAAGUUCAUAUGUUCAAAUAUUUCGUUUCUCAGUUGCUCCUGAGUUGUUAGCUGAUCUGGUGUUUGUUCAUGAUCACUUUCUCGCCUGCAGCAGCUACCCUGUUCUCAUUAAUUCUUUACAAAUAGAUCAGUAUAAACUGAUGUUCUGCUCAGAAUAUAAAGAAAGUUGUUUUGCAACUAUCUCCUACAGAACCUGAAGGAUAAAAAGAGCCUGGCAUUAUGCAUUUACACCAAAGUGUUCCUGCUUCUAAGCUUGAAUAAGAAAUGAGGAGUUGAGCCGACAUCUGAAUUUUGAGCAUUGACAUUUUGAGACCUCAGAGAACAUCAAAAUGACACAGCAAAUGAGUGGACGAAGUUGCAAGAGACAAAACAGACAGACCAUUGACAUCAACACUGUCACAUGGCUAAAAUUUGAUCUGAAAAACAUGGUGAUCACUGAAAUUAUGGCGUUUGCAACCAUGCUUGUAUGAUACCCUAACUUGAGCCUUAGAAAUUGCCAGUCAUGUCACUUAUUCCAUGUUCCUGUCCAUCAACUGAAAGUUUGAAUGUUGAAAAGCUAAAACUCUUGUUUUCUGCCACAACACCAAAAAACUGCAAGCUCCUAUUUGGUCACACUUUGAUAAACUGCAAUAGGUACCAGGUAAAAAUUUAUGAGCAUCUAUGUCUUGCCAUGCUCUUUCAGGAAAAAAUUAUAUUUAAUAUGUAACUACGCAAUUUAAAAAAAAUAUUAUUCAUGGAUCCUAUUAUUUUUGGGAUUA